AUGGCCACAGCUUUACUCACGUCGUUUUACGACGAUGAAUACGAAGAACUAGAAGCUCAAGCUGAAGAAGAUCAGCAAAGGAUGGAUAUGGACCCCACGCUUCAGCAACUCGAAAAACGGCUGGUCAUUGUUGACGAAAAACUAAACUCUGUUGCCACUGCGUGCUCCGAACUAGAAUUAUGUCUCCCUUUGACAUCGCUCAUCCUUUCAAGACUGCCACGCGAGCUUCGCGAUCAGAUCUACGAUCUUCUUUGGGGUGAUGAACAUGCUGAACGUCUCGACGCGGCUCUUUCAACAAUCCCUGAUGCAGUCAAGAUGUCUGAACAGCCCAUCCUUGAUUUGCCAUGUCUUUCUGUACCACCGUUCGCUAAUUCCGAAUCUGUGGGCAUCGAGUUUGCCUCUGAGGCUGCAACGAGGUACUUCAGGGCUAUAACAACCGCUGAAAUCGAUUACCGGUGUGUUCGAGCCCACCUCCAUCGUAACCGCUUCGGACCCAUGUGUUUUCCCAUCAAAGAGGUUAUCAACAGCCUUACCAUAAGUGUGCACGAAGAUUCACCCUACGGGUUGGGGAUUUCAAGACUUGCGAAAACGGCUCUGGAAGACAGUCUCGAUAGCCUACUCAUGCUCAAAAGCAAUCGGCAUUUAAAGGUUAAAAUAUAUCUACCCUGGUGCAUUCAGUACAAAAAGAACCUAUUUGAGGUCCUCGAAACUAUCAGACCCUUUUUUGCUAGGUUCCGAAACGCCAACAUGGACGUCAGGGUACUAGGGUACGAUUUCUUCAAUCCAAUGGACGAUGACAGCGAAUGGAUCUUUUCAGAGCAGCUGAAUUAUUACUUUGAUGGUACGCCGGAAGAAUGGCUGGAGAUGAAAACCAAAGAGGUCAAAGAGAUAGCAGACGUGAAGCAAAGGAAAGCUUGCAAAGGCAUAUUGCGGGCCAUGCGGGUGAACCUUGGGUUCUUCAAUAAAGAGAGUCGGCAUAAUGAAGCCACCGAGGCCACCUGA